AUGCAUAAAUUUAAAAUGAUAGAAAAUGAAAAAGAUCUUUAUUGUAGGAUGAAACAUAGAGCACCUGUAUAAAUGGUUAUUUUGGAUUCCAAGCUAAAAUUAAAUCAAAAGUUAUUGUGUUAGCAAUGCAUUGAGUAUUUUGAAUCAGACUUCACUAAGGUAAUUGGAUAUAAGAAAGUUAUUCUGAUGAUUGAAGAAAAUCGAAAGAAAUCAUUUGAUAUCAUAGACAAUCUAAUUACAAAAAAUAUUAAAAAAAUAGAAUUAUUCUAAAAUCACAUCAUUAAAUUAAAAUCUAAAGUCAUUUAAUGGUUAGAUGAAUUAAUAGGUGAUUCUAAAGAUUGGAUAUUAAAUACAUAAUCAACAAUCUCUAAUUAUGUAGAGUAUAGUUUCUUUAAAGAGAUAGAUUUAAUAAUAAUGAAUUAAGAAUCAACUUAACUAGAUCUGAAUAUAUUUAAUAAUCAAAUUAAAACACUUAAUCAUAGUUGGUACACUAAACUGAAUUAUAAGUUAGAAUAAUUCAAGUCAUUCCAAGAAUAUCAAAAUUUAUAAGAUAUAUUAAAAAAUUAAUCAUAAAAUCUCUUAUAAUAAUAAUAAUAAUAAUAAUAAUAAUAAUAAUAAUCAUAAUAAUAAUUAAGCUAAAAUAUAUUAUAACUUAUCGAUGAUUCUAAUUAUUAAAUAGAACCUUGUUAUGCAAUUGUUUUUGAUCCAAAAGGAAAUAUAGUGGUAUCAACAAAGGGAAAUAAAAUUGAAAUUUGGAAUUUUAAUAAUGGAAGGAUCAAAUUAAUUCAAUCACUUCAAGAACAUAUUGGAGAUGUUAAUUGUCUAAUAUAUAGUUAAAUUAAAACUUAUUUUAUUUCUGGAUCUGAUGAUAGUUAAAUUAGACUAUGGAAAUAAUUAAAUAAUAAUAAAUGGUAAAGUUCUUAAGCACAUCAUCAUAGUGCAGGAGUGAUUCUAUGUAUGAUUUUAACAUAAAAAGAGGAUUAAUUAAUAAUAAGUAGUGAAAAAGAGACAAUUGAAGUAUGGUAAGUAGAUUUUGUUAAUAAUGAAUUAAGAUUUCUUUAAAUUUUAUAAGAGCACAAAAGUAGUGUCACAUCAUUAAGUCUAAAUGAACCAGAGAAAAAAUUGGUUUCAUGUGGACAUGAUGGAAAAAUAAUAAUUUGGUAGAAAGAGCCAAAUAAUUUAUGGAAGUUUUGGUAAGUUGUUAAAUAAUCAAUUCAAUACGUUGGGCUUCAUGUUAAGUUUUUAAAAGAAGAUUAAUUUAUUUUUAUACCUUCUGAAAGUAAUAUUGUCUGCUUGUAUCAAUUAAAAAAUAAUUAAUAUCAAGAGAGUAUUGAGAAGAAAGUUUAAUUUAAAAAAAAUACUUAAGGAGUAGUAAAUCAAAGUUUCUUUCCAAUAAUUUAUAAUAAAGAAAAGGAUUUGAUAUUCUUAAGGCAUAUAUUCCACAUUUGCAUACUCAAAGUGCAAUAAGGUGGAUAUUUAUAAAUUGUUUAAGAAUUUGAUUGCACAAAUGGAUAUAUAUAUGGAACAAUAUCAAAUGAUGGUAAUUAUUUAAUAUUUUGGGGACAAGAGAAAGGAAAAUAUGAAAUUUAUUAAAUAUAAUAAAAAUGA